AUGGCACGAUUUAACCUCACAAUGGUGCUAUUUAUUUUCCUCUCUUUGUUUUCAAUUAUUGCCACCUUUGUUGAGCCAACCAUGGCCAAGCAUAACGAUUCCCAAACAAUGGCCUACAUAAAGUCCUCUUGCAAUGGCACCCUCUACCCAAAACUUUGCAUUCGUUGCUUAGUUCAAUAUGCCAAAUCCACCAUAAAUGGCCCACAACACUUAGCUCAAUUUGCCUUGUCAGUGAGCCUCUCUAGAGCACUAAACACCAAAGGGUACUUGUUGAAAGUGGCCAAGGAACUUAGGGCCACAAAGAACAACAAAAGAGAGUACCUAAUCGUGCAAGAUUGCGUAUACCAAAUAAAGGAUAGCGUGGACCAACUUAAUCAAGCCAUCAAAGAACUACAAAUGUUGAACCAACAUGGCUCCACCAUCAAUGAUGACAUGUUGUGGCACAUAAGUAAUGUUGAGACAUGGGUGAGCACUGCCUUAACAGAUGCUAGUACUUGUGUGUACUCAUUCCCUGGUCAUAGAAUGAGUAAGAGAGCAGCUGCAAUUAAGGUUAAGGCCAUGAAUGUGGCACAAGUUACUAGUAAUGCACUUGCCAUAUUUCAUAGAUAUGCAUCUAGAUACCAGCAAGCUGCUACUAGAAUCUCCAAGCAAUCCUAG